CCUACUUUUCACACAUUGGCCUCAGACAUGAUGCAUUCAGUGACCUGUACAUUGUUUUCAUGUAGCAGACAUGCAACUACGUUAAAAGCGUCGCGAUUAUUUAUGAAUGUGCGUACACCAUGGCAUUCUUUUACAAACGCAUUCAGUGUAUCUGCAUUACGUCGCCAGAAAGAAAAUCAAAAUAAGGUCAAAGUUUUAUUCUUUGGCAGCGACUCAUUUUCAGUUCCCCACUUGGAAGCGUUGAUUGCUGAGAAAGAUAGACCAGGCUCAAUCAUCGAGCGUAUCGACGUUAUCUCGCCCAAAGAGCGUACCAAGAAAUCAAAACGCGAUGCCGAAGAUUCCCCACUGACGCUACUGGCCAAGGCACAUAACCUCAACACGUUUCCUUCUCCGGAUCGGAAGGGUGGGUUCGAGGCAUGGACAUUCCCUAAAUUAGAUGAGGUGGACGCCUGGGAUUUUGGCGUUGUCGUGUCGUUUGGUUGGUUCCUUCCUAAUGAAGUGAUUAUGCGGUUCAAGAAGGCAGGGAUCAACGUUCAUCCAUCCCUUCUACCCAAGUAUCGUGGAUCAGCACCGAUGCAAAGAGCCAUUUUGAAUCAGGAAAAGACAACAGGGGUUACGGUCCAGCUUUUGGACCCAAAUGAAUUUGAUGCAGGAAAGAUCCUUGCUCAAGUUGAAGUUCCUAUGCCUGAUAAACCAACAUAUAAAUCUCUGGAGUUAUUGCUAGCCAAGAAGGGCGGAGAAUUGGUCGUAGAUGUGAUCAAUAACUAUGAUGAGCGGCGGCGUGAUGCAAAGAACCAGGAUCCUACCAAGGUCACUAAAGCGAACAAAAUCAGCCGUGAGGCAUGCAAAGCUCAAUGGAGUGCCUGGGACGCAGCAAGGGUCGAGCGAUUGUACCGUGCUAAUGGUUUCAGAUACCCGAUUACAGCAACAUGGCAUGUUCAGGACUCUGGAAAAGUACAGCCUCUUUCAUUGUUUGAUUUGUUUUGUGUGAACGAUAAUGAUUAUAAGAGCGGCAGUGGCGGUGGAACUGUUGCAGACUAUGCUGCAGAAGAUGGAGCAACGCCUCAUAAAAACUCACCGCCAGGAACGAUCUUUUACCAUCGUCCCACAGAGUCUUUGCAUAUCGCUUGUUCAGAUGGAUCAUUGCUUGGAGUCAAAGCCGUGCAGUUUGAAGGGAAAAAGCGAUUAUCAGCCAAAGAUUUUUAUAAUGGAUAUCAUGUCAAAUCGGGUUCUUCUCGUUUUGAAUGAGGUAUAUAAAUACAAAAUACUCUAAUUGACCAAGUCGAAUAAAAGGACGACUACGGAUUUUAAAACAGUUUAUAGUUUUUUAAAAUGCAAAGAUUUAGAAAGAAAUAAAUGAAAGGUAGUAAAAAAG